AUGGUAUUAGACAUCGUUGAAGCUUACGACUGGGAUCCAACGUCUUAUACACCAAUAACUGGCCGACAGGUCGGUUCCGAUAGUGUGUCGAUAGCCAUCGCGAGACUGUGGAAAAAGAAGCGUCAACAGUCGAGAACAUAUGCGAAUAAACUCAAGAUGAAGGAAUUUCUCGAGACGGAUUUAUUCAGUGAUUACAAACUUUCGAUCACUGGCUCCUCCGCCAACGGGUACGGUUUCAACGACAGCGAUGUGGACAUGUGUCUGCAGGUGGGUGAGCCGACAACGCAAACACCAAAUCUCACACUCAUGAUGACCCGCGUCUGUAUUUCUGAUCUACGGAAUCUCUUCCAGCUCAGGAACAGCUUCUCGCCGCUCGUCUGCGAUCCGUGCAAAAUUCUCCGCAACCUGAGAACCCAAAUGGCGGGGAAUAAAGUCUACAAGAGACCGAUUGUAAUCGCUGCGAUAUGCCCGCUGUUGACCUUCACCUACGAGAGGUCCAGGCACUCUCCUAUGUCGGUGGAGAUAAACGUCAAUAGUCAGGUCGGCAUUGUGAACACACAAUUUUUAUACGCCUACUCGCGUAUGGAUGGAAGAGUUGCUCCUCUUGUUGGCGCCUGCAAGCGCUGGGCCACCAUCAUGGGGAUCAAGGACGCACAUAAGAGUACUCUGUCUAGUUACUCUCUCACUCUCAUGGUGAUAAACUACUUGCAACAACAAGAAGUCGUACCAGUCCUCCACAACCUCGUUCCCGAAUUCGAGAGCGGUUUGGGCUUCAAGGGAGGGGAUAGGCUCAUUCUCCCACGAUAUGCCAGCACAAACUCACAGAAUCUAGGAACCUUGUUCAAAGGCUUUCUUGCGUACUUCUCCGCUUUCGAUUUCGAGAAUAUUUGCAUCUCCGUACGGGAGGGUAGAACACUCACCAAACAGGAAGGAAUCGAUCAAGACCCAGAUAUCCCGCAUAAUAACCACAGUUCUCGGGCAGAUUGGAAGUUCAUCAACAUCCAGGAACCCUUCAACCUCACGAAUACCGCGAGGGCGGUCUAUCAACCCAAAGCCUUCCGAAAAGUGAGAGACGUUUUCAAGAUCAGCCACCAAACAAUAAAUCAGAGAGGCGGCAUUGAGCACCUCUUAGGAUUGAGCGAAUCAGAUAUGAUCGGAUGGAAACGAACUGACGGCCGAGAGAGUGAAAAGCCUUCUUGACGAUAAAUUGCGAGUCCGAUUAUUUACACACUUGUACACACUGUAAAAAUUGGAGAGAGACACUCCACUGAUGUUACAAGGAUGAGAAGUCU